GAUGUCGAGGAAAACCAAGAGAGGAGCUGAAAGCAGUUGACGAGGCUGUGACGCCGGUGUUCCUCGGGGCGUCCCUGACCAGAGCUCCUCAUCAUGUUGGUGACCGCGUAUCUUGCUAUAGUUGUCCUGCUGGCGCUGUGUGUUGGCCUGGAGCUCACGGCACGCCGCAUCACUCCCCCUGAAGAGAAAUCCUCUGCAGUCGCAAAUCCAGCCUUUCGCCGCUUCCAGACCAUAUUCCUGCGUGCAUACCUGCUGGCCUUAUGGGCAGACUGGCUCCAGGGUCCUUACCUUUACAAACUAUACCGACACUAUAGCUUCUUAGAAUCUCAAAUAGCUAUUCUAUACGUAUGUGGCCUGGCCUCUUGCGUCCUAUUUGCCCCAUUUUCAGGCUGGCUUCCUCAAGUUUUGGGCCGCAGACAAACAUGUCUUCUUUUCUGCUUGUCUUACUCUGCAUGUUGCCUCACUAAACUUUCCAGAGAUUACUUUGUCUUAAUCAUUGGACGAAUACUCGGGGGACUGUCUACCUCCUUGCUGGCAACCACAUUUGAAUCUUGGUAUGUUCACCGACAUGUUGAAGUACAUGAUUUCCCAAAGGAGUGGAUUCCCAGUACUUUUACUACUGCAGCUACUUGGAACCAUGGACUUGCUGUUGGGGCAGGGCUGACAGCUAACCUGCUGGCAGAGUGGCUACACCUUGGGCCUGUAGCUCCUUUCCUUUUGGCUGUCCCGUGUUUGAUUGCCUGUGGUUGGAUAGUUCUGACUGACUGGGGUAAAGAAGAGGCUACAGGGAAUCAAGAAUGUGAUAAACCUUUGCUCUUUGGUAAUACAACUGCUGGAGUGCGUACAUCGGUCAAAUCCAGAUUCUCAAAAAGUUGCCAUGAUGGACUCCGCUGUUUAUUGUCAGACAGAAGAGUGCUACUUUUAGGUGGGGUACAAGCACUAUUUGAAAGUGUUCUUUAUAUUUUUGUUUUCCUAUGGACACCUGUACUAGACCCACACAGACCUCCACUGGGAAUAGUCUUUUCGUGCCUCAUGGCUGCCAGCAUGUUGGGGUCCUUACUAUACCGCUUAGCCACUUCCACACGCUAUCAUCUGCAGCCAGGACAUGUACUGUGCCUUGCAGUGCUUAUGGCUUUUUUCUCAUUUUUUAUGCUUAUCUUCUCCACUGCUCCUGGUCAGCCCAGGCCACAUGAAUCAUUUUUGGCCUUCCUGCUGCUGGAGUUGGCAUGUGGACUAUACUUUCCAGCUGUUAGCUUUCUUCAAGGACGUGUAAUUCCAGAGGAGAAGCGUGCAGGGGUACUUGCCUGGUUCAGGCUGCCUCUUCACCUGCUGGCCUGCCUGGGGCUGCUAGCAUUGCAUGGAGAGGUAUCGGGGACAGGAGGAGGAGAAGGUGGGAGUGGUACCAGGCACAUGUUUGGAGGUUGUGCUGUCAUGAUGCUGGCUGCAUUGAUGGCUGUCGUAAGUUUGUUUACUUUCGGUAGGAAUGAUGCUGAUUUAAAACUGGAAGGUACAAGAGAAGGAGACAUGUUCUGAGCUUACUAACAUACUGAGAUACUUCAGAGGUUU